GUAGAAACAAUGGAGGCAAAUGCAAAAAACCAGGGCUGAGGCAUAUUGCAACGGCAACCAGCAAUACCAUCCCAUACGUUCUCCAUCCCCUUGAUUUUUCUAGUUGUUAUCAGGUCGCAUAGGAGCGUCCUUAGCGAGUGACAUACUCCAAGUACUUUUAUGUGCGAGUUAUCCGGUUGAACCCUCUCAGAUCCUAGACUCCCUCGGCCACCACGCUGAAGCUGUUGCCAUAGCUAAUAAAGUUGUUCACAGAAAGACGCGUAUUCAGCGCCUAGUGCUGUUAAGGAUGCACUAGAUUAGUGUUCGUCGGAACGUACUGUUGUUCCCGUAAGGUAGGUUAGUCCACCAUGGGGAAUUCCAGCAGCAUAUCGGCUGCUGCUGUCGAGGAGGCCAAAAUCCAGACUCACAUGACUGAUGAAGAAGUUCAAAGGCUUAAACGGAGAUUUCAGAAGUUCGUCGGGAAGCGGCAAACUGAAGCGACACUUGAAGAGUUCUCUUCCCUUCCAGAAUUAUCCAAUAAUCCAUACGUUCCUCGUCUAUUCGCGCUUAUGGACCUAGAUCGCAACGGUAAAAUCAAUUUCUUGGAGUUCUGCCUUGGCAUGGGAAUGUAUCGUUCAUUGAGGAAAACGAGAGAUGGAAAAGUACAGUUACUCAUGAAGCUUCAUGAUCGCGACAACGACGGAAAGCUUUCGGUUUCAGAGCUCACGGACCUGUUAUCUGUCACUGCUGGAAAGAGUCUAUCUGCAGAGCUACUGAGUCAGGUUGCGAGUUCUCUUCUUUCUGCUUACGACGUAGAUAAGGACGGUACCUUGAGCAUCCAAGAGUUUUCUUCUCUCGUAGCAGCAACAGGAAUGAGCAAAAGCCUUUGAGCUGACAUGUCCGUUAGGACGCUCUUGUUGCAUUUGCUCGAGGUAUUAUGUGUAGAUCCAACCAAUUAUUAAAUCGUAGAAUCAACCGUAUUGUGCAGACGGCAUGUAAUGUUUAUGCACAGCAUCCGUUUGGGCAAGUGUGACGUGUCUAUAUCUAAAGCGAUUGUUAAAACUUUGUGUGAUUUAGGGGAAUAUUUGUUGUACUAAACGAAGUUGGUGUUA